CAGCCGCGCGAAGAGCUCGGACCGUCCGUCAGAGACCAUGAGGGACCUUCACUUUAAGGACAACUUCUGGAACGGCGAAAUUACCAGCACAGCGGGUUACGACACCAUCAUCCAACACCUGAACGAUGGUAAAAGGACAUGCAAAGAGAUUGAGGACUUUAUAAAGGCCAGAGCUGCAAUAGAGGAGAAAUAUGCCAAAGAGCUGCUGGGGCUCUCCAAGAAGGUGUGCGGCCACAACGAGAUGAACACGCUAAAGAGGUCACUCGAUGUCUUCAAGCUGCAGACUGAACAGGUGAGUCUGUCUCACCUGCACCUGGCUCAGACCAUGAGGGACGAGGCAAAGAAGUUAGAGGAGUUCAGAGAGAAACAGAAAGAAGCAAGAAAGAAGGUGGAGCAGCAGAUGGAUGUGGCGCACAAACAGAAGACGACAAACUAUAAGAAAACCAUGGAGUCCAAGAAGACGUAUGAACAGAAGUGUCGGGAUAAAGAAGAAGCAGAACAGGCGAUGAACAGAAGUGCCACCACCAGCAACACCAAACAGCAGGAGAAGCUCUAUUCUAAAGCUCAGCAGGCUAAACAGUCAGCAGAGGAAGCAGACAGACUAUAUAAUCAGAAUGUGUGUGCGUUGGGGAAGAUCAGAGAGGAGUGGCUGAAUGAGCAUGUUAAAGCCUGCGAGAUGUUCGAAAAACAGGAAGCGGAGCGGAUCAAUACCUUAAGGAAUGUUGUGUGGACUCACCUGAACCAUCUCUCACAGCAAUGUGUGACCAGCGAUGAGCUCUACGAGGAAGUCAGGAAGUCUCUGGAGCAGUGCGACAUUCAGGAGGACAUUGAGCACUUCAUUAACCUGAGGAGAACCGGAGACAAACCGCCAGCUCCUAUACCAUAUGAGAACUUCUACACCAAUCAGAGAACUGCACCAGCGAGACAGCUGCCGUCCAUCUCCAGGAGAGGACCGGUGCCUCCGCCAGUAAACUCAGGAGGUGACGUGACAUAUUCAGCUAUAGAGGAACCAGGAUACAGUCUAAUUCGUUACUAACUCAAAGGUGAAUGAGGCAUCUUUGACCAUGGGUAGCGGUGUUCUGUGAAAUCUUCAGUGCUUCACACUGGACACUGCGUGGGGUUUUAGCCAGUGCUGAUGGAGCUUUUAGUACUUCAGCAAGAGACUUUCUUAAUUUUUAACACUGUAGCCUCAGAACACACAAAGUAGCCAACACUGGAGUAAUCUGGCCUUUGUGAAAACCACAAUUCAAUCCAAAAAAAGCAUACAAAGAGAAUAUGAAUAAAUGAAUAAACAUGUUCUCUACACUGCAGUUAUGGCCACUGUACAAUUUACAUCCUGUUUUAAUAAUGGCUUUUUGUAUAUGAGGAUUAGAUCGUUAACUGUAAUUAACCCUAAAGUUUGCUUUACAAAAGAAAAUGUAAUUUAUUUAUAGCAUUAAAGCCCCAAUAAGGCUAAUGAAGAAAAAUCCCUGGUUGGAGCUUUAAAAGGGAAUUCCACUGAUAAUUUCUAUAUAACUUAGUAGUUGAGCAGUAAACAGAGUGAUUCAGAGCGGUUUGGUGUGAAAUGGUUCAGAUUUCUUUACACUGGUGGUGAUAGGAACCAGGGGUCACCAUGACUACAUGAACACAG